GACCCCCUCGGCUGACCCCCGAUGUGUCAUGUGGAUACAAGCCUGUUGGUGAUUCUACAUUUCUGUUGGAACAGGCAGCCUCGUGGUUUACGUAGCUCCCCAGGGGCAAAGGAAGAAGAAGGAAGCGUCCGUCCUGCUCCUGGAUUCCGUGCUGUGGUCGCACAGUGCUGUGAACGCAGCACGUUCCCAGCCGUCUCCCCCUUUCUUGGUUCUUGCGUCGUGAGACAGUGACAGUCGUGAGGGAGGUGGAGCGAACGAUAGAUGACGCUUUCAGCAGCGUCGCUUCUGUUUGUGAUUCAUGAAAAUGGCCUGUGGCCAAGGGCCUUUGCCUGCAGAUAUUGGUGGAGGAAAUGUUUCGGGGUGAGCUGCCUGCCCCCAGACGAGGCUGGUGGCCGCAAGGCCGGGGGUCCAGUCUGGGUGGACGGCGGCUCUCCUCGGCCUCACCCGGCGCCCGCUCCUCCUGGGAACACCUGGGAAGGAGACGGCGCGUUCCCGACGCCCGGAAGUGGGUAGCUGGAGCGGGAUGCUGGUGCUUGAGCUGGGAGCGGGCUCCGUGGGGAGCCCUGGACUCGGGGUCACACGGUCCUGUGGAGCACGCAGCAGCGGGACGCCAGCGGAACCUCGCCGGGGGGCGCAGGGGGCUGGUGUGGAGCCCGCGCUCCACGGUCGCUGAUUGUGAGGCCGUUGGCAAGUCUUGGGGCUUCGGUCUCCGUAGUGAGACGGAGGUGUCCCCACCUUUCCCGUGACCCUGGGGAUUCGAGGGUCCACGGAAAGCGUCCAGCACAGCCUGGGCCUCGUGGGCGCCGUUGUUGGGUGGAGUGAUUCACGGAUCUCACGCUCCCGGCACCCUCCAGGGUGGGGCUUUUUGGAGUUUGGCUCCGUGGUCUGGAGCGUAAAUUCAAGUUGUUUUGGAAGCCAAAGUGGAGAUGCCAAACUGUUUCACAGGGAUGCUGUUUGAAAUCAAAGGAUCUUGAGAUAACAAGCUAUAAAUAAAAUAAAUAUUGGACAGCCUUACUCAAAAUAAGUAAAAAGGCAGAGGUGGUGCUUGGGAAGAAUACUGGGGUGACGGCAUGGCUUGGAGGUAGCACUGGUCCAGCAGCUCCCCAUUUGUGCCCGUCUCGCCCGCCCGGCGCCAUCUGUAACUGGCGACCGUCCUUUGGUGGACGUGGCGGAUCCAUGAAAGGGCCCCCGGUCAGGGAGGCGCCCCGUGGUCCUGUGCAGAUGCGUCCCCCUUCCCUUGAAGGAGCCGAGCGGCGGCAGGCUGUGGUGGAGCAGGUCCUGGGUGCUCCUCAGGCUGUGAAGGGGCAGUUUGCCAUGUUGCCAGGAGGUUUCCGUUUUAGGGCUGCAGCUGCCAGAAGGCUGGUGAGCAGGGCUGUGCUGUCCAGCCACGGGCGGUGGGCAGAGCCCUGACUUCAUGGAGCUGGACGAUGACUAAAUUUGAAACAAAUUCACACAUUCUCCUGACCCUCCCUGGCUUGGAGGAGUGACGUGUAUCCUGUCUGCUCUCACCACAGGAUGCCCUCUUUUAGACGAGUGUGGGAUUUUCUUUUGAUUGCACUGCGCUGUUUCCGAAAUGAAAGUUUUAUUGUUUUUCGUAUUGUAAAAUCUCCAUGAAGCACAUAACUGAUUUUUAAGCUGCCCUGAUUGAAUAAUUCUGUAUUUCAGAACUUUCAGAAUUUUUCAACUUAUUUUAGAAAUGCAAGUCCUGUGGGGUGGACAUUGUGUCUAUAAAAGGUCACUGGUGUUUUCCUUUCCUUUUCAUUGUUCUCCUUGUUCAUAAAAGAUCCGUUUUGCUGGCCAGUAAAGAGAUGUCUUAUUCAUAUAGGAAAUCAAACAGUGAAAUGUACAACUUCCAAAUUUGAACAUAGGGUACCUGAAGCUUUUAAAAAUAAUUAAUUAUUAACCCAAACUUUGGAUACUUCCUGUCAAAUUGCCCCCCAUCAGCAUCUCUUGCAGAUAGACUGCAGGGGUUGAUUCGAUGCUCUGAGUUUAAAUGAUGACCGUUUUCCUCGAUUUAAAGCGUGGUUCAGCCCCUCUCUGAAUUCUUGUCGACCUGUGGGUGCAGAAUCCGGCUGCGUCACCAGCAGUGCCCACCCAGCCAGGCCCCGGUGCCGACGGGCUGCGGGUGCAGAGCGCGGGUCUGUGGGCCUGUGACUGCCCCGGCCGCCUGCCGGGCAGUUGUGGUUGUCCGGCUCGCGGACUGUGGUCGCUGGUUCGGCUGCUGUCGCGGGCGGGCAGCCGCAGGGGGCUCUGGCAGGCUGGGGGGCUACGGCGCGGGGCACAGCUAGCCCGGUCCAUGGGGUCAGUCCCACAUCCUUGUCCUGCCAGCCAGACGACACGGAGGGGAGAGGGGGCCGAGCGCCCCCCGGCACUGCUCACGGCCCAGCUGCGAGGGGGCUGGGGGUCCGAGGGAGAGGAAGGGAGUGGGGGCUUUUAGCCCUUUGCACUCUUUCCUCAGCCUGUUAAAUAUGAAAUGGAAAAACUACUUUUCUCAUGAGGGCAUUUUAAAGAUUAUUUCAGGUAAUGUUUGAAGAUAUUGUGUAAUGACUAAAGGAAUGCAUGUUUAUUGUAACAAAUUUGAAUAAAUGAAGAGGCAUGUGAAGUAAACCAAGCUGAGAUCCCCGCACACCUCCCCAGUCCUGUCUCCCCCCAGCCCCCCGGCCCGUGCCCCCCACCUGGUCCAGCUCCCCCAGCGGGGGCUGUGUGCCGUGUUUGGGACGGUUGUUCACAGCAAAGACCCCACCUGUCCGACGCGAUCAGCAUGUUUUCCUGGUGAACACGCCUCAGUAUUUCUGGUGAGCUCCAGAAAUACGUGACCGAGCAGGUCGGGAAAUGGGUGUUUAACGCAAGAUGGAGCCCUCACAGCUCUGUCCCCGGGCAGCAGUGAGACACAGAACGGGACAGAGAAGGCUGGGAUAACCGAGCGUGUGCAGCUGCAUGGGUGCGUGUGCACCGGGUCGAGGACUAGUUCUUGCGGGUUCUGUGUUCUGGGAAGCUGGCCAUCUUUCCCUCGGCAGUAACCGGAAGUCCUAGAGCCUCUCGGGAGCAGAACUGCUCAGGGCCAGGGACCCAGCAGCCUCUGGAGUUAGUUUUAGCUCAGAAUUUUGGAAGUUUCUAGGGGCUAAGCCUCUGAACGUCUGCUCUAGAUCCUGAUUGCCGUGUUGGCGCCUAGUUAACCAGGCAGAAGGGAAGAUGGCCGCAAUUUAGGCCUUUAGCUGAGAGCUCCAGUUCGGGCAGGAAGUUGCUCUGGCCACUGGCAGGUGUUUUGUUUAUUUCCGGGAUGUUUGCCUUUCGUGCGGAGGGUCGGUCCUGUGUGUGCAGGUUCUGUCUGGAGAGCCGUCUUCCCUGGGACGCUGGCGAGCCUUGGCGUUUCGUCUGCGUCGGCGUGGCCCGGCGUUCGCGGUGGGCGCCCGGGCUCCCCGUGCGGGCGGGGACGUGGGGGUCCUGCGCGUGUCCCGCUCUGCCGUGCGCUCUGGCCCUGCCACCGGGCCCCGCGGGGCGCGCCGAGCCGCCGCACACUCACGCAGCCCGUGCACGCGCGCUGCCGUCUUCCACCACGUUUGUUUGUGUCGAACUUACGGCCGCUCUUUGGUUCUUUCCCGCAGAGUCCGUAGAGGGGAAACACCGAGACUUCCAGAUGAGCAACCGACAGGAAGACAUGGAGAUCGCGUCCCACUACCGGCGCCUGCUCCGCGAGCUGGACGAGCAGCGGCGGCUCGGCGUCCUGUGUGACGUGUGUGUCGUCGUCGAGGGUCAGGUCUUCAAGGCGCACAAGAACGUGCUGCUCGGGAGCAGCCGCUACUUCAAGACGCUGUACUGCCGGGUGCAGCGGGCGCCGGGGCAGGCCACCGUCACGCACCUGGACAUCGUCACGGCGCAGGGCUUCAAGGCCAUCCUCGAUUUCAUGUACUCCGCCCACCUGGCGCUCAGCAGCCGGAACGUCAUCGAGGUCAUGUCCGCCGCCAGCUUCCUGCAGAUGACAGACAUCGUGCAGGCGUGCCACGACUUCAUCAAGGCCGCGCUGGACAUCAGCAGCAAGGCCGACGCGGCCGACGAGCUGGCCGAGCUGGAGGCGGGCGGCCCGGCGGGCGGCGCGGACGCGCUGCUCUCAGCCGUGAUGGCCGGCCGCAGCCUGUCCCCGUGGCUGGCGCGGCGCACGAGCCCGGCCAACUCCUCUGGGGACUCGGCCAUCGCCAGCUGCCACGAGGGGGGCAGCAGCUACGGGAAGGAGGACCUGGAGCCGAAGGCGGACGGCCCCGACGACGUCUCGUCGCAGGCUCUGUGGCCCGGGGACGGGGGCUACGGGUCCUUGCGGAUCAAGGAGGAGCAGAUUUCACCGUCUCUCUGCGGCGGCCACGAGCUGCCUCCCGCCCAGGACGGUGCAGGGCAGCCCGCCUUCUCCGACCAGGGCGCUGGGGACGGCUGGCAGCCCGCCGGCAGGAGGAAGAACCGGAAAAACAAGGACACCGUCCGGCACAUCACGCAGCAGGUGCAGGACGACAGCCGGCCCGGCUCCCCGGCACCGUCCUUCCUGCCGACCUCGGGGUGGCCGUUCAGCAGCCGCGACUCAAACGUGGACCUGACCGUGGCCGAGGCCAGCAGCUCGGACGGCCGAGGGGACAGGGCUGAGCCGUUCACGCACGCCGACGACGCGCUCCUGGGGGCCGAUGGCAGCUGCGUGGGGCAGCCGCGCACGCCCGACAAGGACGAGGCCCUGCAGCAGGCCGCGGCGGUGGCCAGUCUGCGGGCGGCCCUCAUGAGCAAGAACAGCCUGCUGUCGCUGCAGGCAGACGUGCUGGCCGACGACAGCUCCCUGCUCCUCGAGUACCUGCCCAAGGGCACCCACUCCCUGUCACUGAACGAGUUCGCGGUGAUCAGGAAGAAGUUCAAGUGCCCCUACUGCAGCUUCUCGGCCAUGCACCAGUGCAUCCUCAAGCGGCACAUGCGCUCGCACACGGGCGAGCGGCCCUACCCCUGCGACAUCUGCGGCAAGAAGUUCACGCGGCGCGAGCACAUGAAGCGGCACACGCUGGUCCACAGCAAAGACAAGAAGUACGUGUGCAAGGUGUGCAGCCGUGUGUUCAUGUCAGCGGCCAGCGUGGGCAUCAAGCACGGCUCGCGGCGGCACGGCGUGUGCACCGAGUGCACAGGCCGGGGCGUGGCCGGGCCCCUGGACCACGGCGGCGGCGAGGGCUCCCCCGAGGCGCUGUUCCCCGGCGACGGGCCCUACCUGGAGGACCCCGAGGACCCCCGGGGGGAGGGCGAGGAAGAGCUGGGUGAGGACGACGACGAGGACGUGGCCAAGUGGAAGGACGAUGUGGGCCUGGCCCACGAGGACGCGCUCCUGGGGGUCGACAAGGACGACGACUCGCCGCAGGGGGGGCCCGACAAGGACUUUGCCUGGCUCUCCUAGGCCCUGCGCCCCGUCUGCGCUGCUCCGUGGCCUUCCCUCGGCCCCAGGGCCACGCUGAGCGGCUGCCCCUUGGGGUCCUCCUUGCAGCCACCCCCCAGGCCCCUCCUGCUCCUCACUCUGCUCCCCUCGUGCCCCCAGACAGACACACAGACAGAAACCGGCUGCCACAGCGAUGGCUCUGGGAGUGGACGGUGAGGUUAGGGCAGCACUGGGAGGAGCUGAGGGAGCAGGUGAGCCCCCAGGGCCCCUUCUCUCGUGCGCGCAGCAGACGGAGACCUCCCGGCAGGUGUGUGCACCGCAGGAGUGGGAGAGCCUGCCGGGGCCGCCUGCGUUUCCCACUGCCGUGUUUCCGAGGAGUCGAAGGAGCCCCUGGGGCUGGGUCCGGGAUGCACAGCAUCCUCAGGCCAGGUGCAGGGGGGUCCCCGAGAGCACGGACACAUGUCGAUUUGGGGGGAGAGUUUUGCACAACCGAAAUCAGAGCCAGAAAUGAGCCCUGGAGUCUGGGGGCCAGGAGGGGCUGCUCCUCCCCACGGCCCCCCUGCUUUGGGGACCUCCCUGCCUUGGGGCCCGGUGGGCUCCGGUGCCGCCCCGCCCACAGGUAGCCCAGAGCCUGGCAUGGACACAGUCUUGCCAACCUCCAGCCCUGGGCUUUGGUGCUCUACACAACCCCGCGGGCCCGGCUGCAGGCCCCCACCCAGGUGCUACUCCUGAGAGGGCUCCUUGGGGAGGGGACCCCCUGCCUCCGCAGCCCCCACUUCAGGCUGCAUUCAGGGGUCCUUCUGGGAGCACCGUGGCUCUUCCUUGUCCACCCUGGGUUCUGCCCGCCCACCAGCCAGGCAGUGGUGGGUCCUGCUGACGACGAGGCCCGGCCCUGCCGUCGCUGCUGCUGCUAGGCCUGAAGGGUGGGGACACCUCUGCGUGCUGCUGAAACCUUCCCACGGGGCUCCCCGCCUUUCUUAAGCAGGGAUGUUACGAAGUCGUUCCGUGCAGUGACUGGCGUCACCUUUCUCACCUGACUAAGCUGCGUGGGGCUGUUCUGCCUUCGGCUGUGUGCGCCCGGCGGCUGCCCGACACCGCUCGCCUGCGGAGCCCCUUGUCCCGGCCGCGGUUUCGGACGAGGGUUGGGAGACGGCAGCCCCUCCCCCUCCGGGCCCCCAGCCCAGGGAGGGUUCCUUGGGGUGCUGACCGUUAGUGCCGAUUUGGAAAUGGGUCUUUCUUGCCUCUUUUCCCACAGACUGUAAGCCAAAUGGCUUUUAUAAACUUUUUUAUUGUGUCUCAUGUAUCCUUUCUACAUGGAGAAAGAAAAAUCCCACAAAACCGCAACAGACCUUCCAGCGUAGUGUUUCCCUGGUGGCCUGCACGGGGCUGUGCCCGGCUGGACGUCCCAGACCCUGCGCUGUCUGAGCUCCCGUCCCGCAGGCCAGAAAGCACAGGCCUUUAAAAGGUAAAAUCAGCAACAGUUACGUGAAAAGAGCAACUCUGUCCCCAGAAAGGGGGGCUGAGCUUCCCCAGGACACGGGUGUGGCGCGGGGCCCGCUCGGCUUGGGGAUGGGCCUCCCUUCUACCAGGGAAGCUCUGGGGCGAGCCCCUCCGGCCUCUCCUGGACCCUUCCCGGGGCUGAAACCUGGUACCUUUCCCAGGGCCCUUUAACCCCUCCCUGGAGCAGACGAGCGUAGGGAGCCCAGGGAAGCUGGGCCUUUGCCACCAGGGUCUCCUGUGGGGGCACCUCACGCCCCACCGCUCAGGACGCCCCGUCCUUGUGACCUGCUGACCCCGCAGUCCUGGCCACCCUCACUGACCUUUUGGGGGCUUCUUCCUUAAAGCAAAUCCUGAACAGGGAGAUCGAGGGUCUCCGGCCCCCUCCCGCCAACUUCCCCGUAAGCGCUGGGCUGCAGGCUUGUUCGCUCAUCGGCGAGCCCUGGACCCGGAGAGGGGAGGUGCCUCCGGCGGGAGGGCGGCCGCGGACAUAGCACGUCAGAGGGUGUUUUUUUUUUUUUUUUUUUCUAACCAGUGUUUAAACUAAUAAAUAUUUUUUUAUGAAGAGGAAAUAAUAUGUAGAUUACACGUCACCUUUUGUAUUUUUUUGUUUGUGUCUGUUUGUAUUUUGGUGUUUGCAACACCCAAAGUGGAAAAUACAGUUUGUUGGGAGCUGGGAGUUGGGGGAGGGGCAGGGAAACUGGGUGACUUUUGUACUAAGCUCUGGAUCUUGACCGGGUCGUAUGUUUGGACUUUCUGGGUUUGGGGGAACAGUCAGACCACUGCCGUACUUCAGGAGGGCCCUCAACGCCACGCCUCUGACUUUGCACAUCUUCCUUUUUAAAAGAGAAAACAAAAUGCAGAAACUGGAAUUGUUUGCAAUAUUAUGAAAGAUAAUCGUAUUUCAGCUUACUCUGUGACAUGCAACUCUUAAGAAAGCCAUACUUAAUGGUGGUUGCUUUUUAUUUUUUAGAUUCCUGUUGUGUUCUGUAUGCAGCCCUUUUAGACCUCCUUGCAGUGAGGGUGCUUCUGUGUGCUUUUCCUAAAUAUUUAUUUUUCAACAUGCUUUCAACUGUCAACAAAAACUAAACAUGAAAAAAAAGGGGCAGUGUUUCACGACUGUUGACUUUUUUCUGGAAAUAAUCUAUAUUAUAUGGACUCUACUAAUUAUUAUAAACCUGUGUUUGUAUCGGAGAUGUGUUUAAUAUUUGGGGGAAAGCCUUUUUGUAACCGGGUGGUGGAACGGCUCUGGCAUCCUGUGUCCCGUGCCCGGGGCAGGUCAGGGUCACCUUCUGCAGAGUGUUUGAGGCCUCCUGUCUGCCUAGGCGGCUCCAGCCUCUCUGUGAGGCGAUCAGCGUCGACGAGUCUCACAAAAGAGAUCAGUUUCAAUAAACCCAGAAACUGCUGCCC